ACACAUUUACAUGUUUGUACGUGCUGACAUAUCCCGUGAAAUUGGAAGCGCAUGCAUAAUUGGAUGAAGAAUGAUGCAUAAUGAUAUCCAACCUCCGGAUUCCUCCCUCUCAAAUAUUGCUCCACAAAUAGAGCAAUCGGAUUGCAAAUGUGCAAGUUGUUUCUCAUUUACUACGAACUACAGAUAUCACUAAUGACAGGUUAACUGCCUUCAUAACAUUACAAUCAGAUUUACAUUUCAUUAUUAAAGUGUAAACAAGAGCGAGGAGGAUAAAUAAGUUGAUAUUCUAAAGUCUGGCUAAAAUGAGAAAAUUGGAGACGUGGUUCAAUAUCAUUCUAGUUUCGACGGGAAUACUUGAUCUGAUUGUGCUGACCACUUCGGCUGCUACGGAAAAGGGCAAAUAUGAAGCAGAAUGCCAUCCGACGCCAAACUCUCUGUCUCAAGUUUACAUCCUGGGAUAUGGUUCACUACUCAACACGGCUUCAAAAAAUACCACGUAUCCUAACACGGGGAUUAAUAUUCCUGUAAAUGUGACUGGAUUCUCAAGAAACUUCAACUGCAAAGGAACACCGGUCGGUCACAGCACAACUUAUCUGGGGGUGGAUGUUGCCAACUCGACCACCUCGUUUAACGGGGUCGUCUUUAAACUCCGAGAUUAUCAAAGUUUGCUUGAGUUUGACAAACGGGAGGUUUUUUAUUGUCGGAAACUAGUUCCUCUGGAGGACAUUCAGUUCCUUAUUGACAAAAGUUGGAAUGCGACAGUGGAGCAAGAUUUUCCUGUAGGAAAUGCCCAGUUCUGGAUUUAUGAUGUAAAACCUGAAUUUCUAGGAUGGCCAUCGGAAAGAUACCCAAUAGUGCAGACCUAUGUUGACGUCUUCUUAGCAGGGUGCAUAGAGAUAGAAGAAACUUACAAUUUGACCGGCUACAAGGACGCAUGUAUUACAAGCACACAAGGUUGGGAAUACCCCUGGGUGAAUGAUAGAUUAAUACCAAGACGUCCCUUCCUCCACACAUGGAAAGCGUUCCAGAUUGAUCGGCUAAUUCAAUCCCAUUUUCCCAAACACUUUGACCAAGUUUUAAUUGAGAAAGAGGCCAAGUACAAUUUUAAUAACAAAAAUGGUUCGAACAAGAAAGUCAUCGGAAAUUAUUUACAGACAUUGUUUUUAGCAAUAUUAUUGAUCGUACCUGUUACAGGUACGAUUUAAUGCAAAUUGACUAUUAUUUAUUAACCACGUUUGGUGGCCCUAAUAUGCACGUGUUAUAUAAUAAGUCUUAUAAGCAAUUAUGAUGUGUGGCAAUUAAAUAAAUACACAUUCUAAAUAAAAUGUGCCAAUAACGAGUA